CUAGCAGUGAACAGAAGUUACCUUGAAGGUACAAAAGAGAGCAGUGCCUCUUAUCACCGCAUCUCUGAGAUUCAAAGAGUCGUUCAAUCAGCCCUCGCAAGCUUGCUCAAACGUAGUAGUCGAUUCCGUCACUAGCGGCAACUCCUUCCAGCUCGAGAACUUCCUGCCUCUCUCCAACAAGGCUUAAGCACGACUUACGCCACACGUAGUAAAGAAUCUUAGGAGCAGAAACAAAAGCAAUCGAACAACACAUCCGGGGUCACCUUUUAAUGCCAGUCACAAUGUCGUAUAAGACAAGUGUUUCCCCGGCUUCCCCGGCUUCUCCAGAGAACGAUUACAAGCGCCUUUGGAGCAGCUGAAUGCAACAGCAACCUGUAUACGAUCAACUACCGUCAAUCGACGCCAUUAUCCACCGCUCAGCAAAAGUCCAUAGCAACAGUGGCGAUACUGCUCCUCUCUGGACUCUUCGAAGCGCGCAACCUUCGCAGAAGCCUUUAAAUCUGACGAACGUUCCAGCUCCAAGCAUGGUGUCUUCAACACCCAUAACCCACAUAGUCCUCUUCAAAUACCGCCCCGACAUAUCCUGGACCGACUUCCAAACACACUUCACCUCCUUCCAAUCCCUGCAGACGCGAUGCCUGCACCCCUCCACCGGCAAACCGUACAUGCUCAGCAUGCGCAUGGGGCAGAACAACUCCUGGGAACCCUUUUCCAAGGGCAUGACACACGGCUUCAUCCUCGAAUUUGCAUCGCAGGAACACCUCGACUAUUAUCUACUCCAGGAUAAGGUUCACGCCGAGUUCUCAAGAAAUGCGAAACCGCUGAUCGAGGACAGCGUGGUGGUCGAUAUCAAGGACGGCUUGUUGUUUGGCCCGAAGCCGCGGAAGCCAGUCGGUCAGGGGGGGGGUGUGGAAAGGUACGUGUCACUGCCAGGAUAUCGAGUGGGAGGUCAGCAUUGAAGAGGGGGAGAAGCUGAAGCAUAUCGUGUGCCACUGCGAUACUUGUAAGAAGUUGGGUGGUGGGCCGUAUAGUUGCAACUACAUCGUUCCCCAGGAAGCUCUCACUAUCCUGCGAGGGAGGACGGGAGAGUAUGCGUACAAGGGUGCGAGUGGAAAGGAUGUGCAUUGUUACUUCUGUCCAAGGUGUACGAGCCAUAUUUAUCAUCACCAGGAUGCGAUGCCGGAAAAGGUUAUUGUCAGGACGUUGUUGCUUGAUGGGGGGAAUGAGCUGGAGGCUGGUGGGGAAAUUUUUGCGAGAGGGGCGUUAAGCUGGGCGCAGGAUUUGAAGAAGGCAUUGGCUCAACCGGUUCCUGCGAAGAGUGCUGCGAAGAGCAAUGGUGUCAAUGGGACGAGCGGAUUAUAGAGUAGAAUGUACAGCGAAGUCAAGACAACUGUCAAAUUUCUU